UUCUUUAUUUGCUCAUUUUAAUUCUUUUGUUGUGGGAAAACUUUUUUCAAAGCCUUUAAGUUGGUUUUAUAAUAAAAAUAAUCGUAUAAAAAUGUUUUAAAAUAUAUGAUUAGUAAAAAUAAAGUUAACAAUUAAAGAAAAGUAAUAUUUUUUUAAACAUAAGUAUCAGCAUGUCUUCCAAAAGUGAGUUGAAAAAACUUUCAGAAGAAUCUCUGUUACAGCCGCCAGAAAAGGUCUUUGACAUUAUCUGUAAACUGGGUGAGGGCAGUUAUGGGUCUGUCUACAAAGCUUUACACAAAGAAAGUAGCUCGAUAGUAGCGAUAAAACUAGUGCCGGUGGAGUCGGACUUGCAUGAAAUUAUAAAAGAAAUCUCAAUUAUGCAGCAAUGUGAUUCGCCGUAUGUGGUUCGUUAUUAUGGUUCGUAUUUUAAACAAUAUGAUCUUUGGAUAUGUAUGGAGUAUUGUGGAGCCGGUAGUGUGUCAGAUAUAAUGCGUUUACGCAAAAAGACCUUAACAGAAGAUGAAAUUGCGACGAUAUUAUCAGACACAUUAAAAGGUUUGGUAUAUUUACAUCUGCGACGUAAAAUACAUCGUGAUAUAAAAGCUGGCAAUAUAUUAUUAAACACAGAAGGCUAUGCAAAAUUAGCAGAUUUUGGUGUGGCUGGACAACUUACGGAUACAAUGGCUAAACGUAAUACAGUUAUUGGUACGCCAUUUUGGAUGGCACCAGAGGUAAUCGAAGAAAUUGGUUACGACUGUGUUGCUGAUAUUUGGUCUCUUGGCAUAACAGCACUUGAGAUGGCAGAAGGAAAACCACCUUACGGUGAUAUACAUCCCAUGCGUGCCAUAUUUAUGAUACCACAGAAACCGCCACCGUCCUUUCGUGAACCUGAUCGUUGGAGUACUGAAUUUAUAGAUUUCGUUAGUUUAUGUUUGGUGAAGAAUCCAGAGGAACGUGCUACUGCAACUGAUUUAUUGGAACAUGAAUUUAUACGUAAUGCCAAAACACGUGGUAUACUCAAAUCUAUGAUUGAAGAAACAUGUGCUAUACGUGAACAGCAGCGUGCAAAUCGUUCUACUGUUGGACCAAGUGUUGCGUUAAGUCCAAAAAGUUUAGCCACACAGCAGGGUGAACAAUUGCAAGAAGAGGAGACAGAAUUUCAGGGAGAAACUGUGAAAACAUUCAUUGAUGAUCCAGGUACUUUAGUACCAGAUAAACUUAAUGAAUAUCAACAUACAUCUGCGUCUGAUGCAACAAUGAUAGCACAUGCAGCAGAUAGUGGUACGCUUGUGGGAACAGAAGCUAUAGCAGUACUAAAUGCUUUAGACACUGGCACUUUAGUCGAGUUAGAAUCUAAUUUGGGUACAAUGGUGAUUAAUUCAGAUUCUGAUGAUUCGACUACUGCCAAAAAGAAUGAUUUCAAUAAACCGCGUUAUCGUCCACAAUUCCUGGAACAUUUCGAACGUAAAAACAAUGACGUACCCUUACGUACUGAUUCCGAAAAUCGUACAGAAUAUUCACCAACACAAGCAAUUGCAGCAGCUGCUGCUGCUGCAGCCAGGGAACACAAUCAAUCUCAACUUAAUCAUGCUCAAAUGUUGAAUGCCAACACUAAGGAUAAUAAUUGGGAAAACAAUAUGGAAAUGCACUUUCAACAAAUAUCUGCCAUUAAUCAGUAUGGACUACAACAACAUCAACAACAUUUACAGCAGCAACAACAACAGCAGCAGCAACAACAACAAGCAGCUUAUUAUGGCUGCAAUCCAAUUAUGAAUGAUCACAUACUAGCCAUAAAUAAUCAACAAAAUUUGUUACGAAAUCAGCAACAUGUUCAGCAACAGCAGCAACAAUCACAGUUGCCUUCGUAUCAGCAACAUCACAUACAUACGCAAUCACACAGUUAUGUUGAUGGGGAAUUUGAAUUUUUAAAAUUCCUCACUUUCGAUGAUUUGAAUCAACGUCUCAAUAAUAUCGAUUCCGAAAUGGAAAAGGAAAUCGAAGAACUGAACAAAAAAUAUAAUGCCAAAAGGCAGCCUAUUGUCGAUGCGAUGAAUGCAAAAAGGAAACGCCAACAGAAUAUUAACAAUAAUUUAAUUAAAAUAUAAUGAUUAGCUUUAUUAAUAUUUUCUUUUGUGUAUUUUAACCAAAAUUUUGGUUUGUAAUGUUCAAGUUGGAAAUUGUUUGAAGUUUAAAUGUUGGUUUCAUAUAUUGGAUUUGUAUUUAAUGUUAUAGUAGAUAAUUUGAUGAACUUGGUUUGGAACGUACAAGCAGUUAUUGUAACUAAAAAUCGAAUAAGACAAUUUGUGCUCAUAUUAUAUCAUUUAUAUUAAAUC